AUGGAGGUCACUUACUCAUUUACUUUAUCAAAUGCUCUCAAGGAGUGGAACUUCAAUGUGUUUGGUAAUGUCUUCAGGAAGAAAAAAAGAUUAUUAGCUAGGCUUAAUGGUAUUCAGAAAGCUCUUAGCAUAUAUCGCAACCCUUUCCUGGUAAACGUUGAGAACCAACUUAUUAAAGAUUAUGAAGUGAUAAGAGAUCAGGAAGCUCUUCUUUGGCAGCAGAAAUCUCGAGAUAAAUGGCUGAAGGAUGGGGAUAAGAACACUGAGUUCUUCCAUUUGACUACCUUGGUUUUGAGAAGAAGAAAUAAAAUUGAGGGUCUUCUCAAUGAAGAGGAUGUGCUUUAUCAUGAUUUACUCUGGCUCAAGAGGUCUAUUUCUGAGACCGAGGUUAAAUGUGCUCUCUUUGGGAUUGGUGGUCUUAAAACCCCUGGUGCAGAUGGAUUUCCUGCUGCUUUUUGCCAGAAACAUUGGGAUCUUUGUGCUACUGAAAUUGUCCAUCUGGUUAAGAAUUCUUUUAUUUCUGGUGUCCUCCCUGCAGGUUUGAAUCAUACUUCCUAA